GUCCUUAUGUUGUUGCACCAGAGUUGUUGUCAUGUGAUAGCUCGCCCGAGGAGCUGCUAUUGACAGUGGCUUCAUACCUUUAUAUGAAGCUAAAUUAAAAAGGUCGCAGGAGAGAAGUUUUAUGUUUGCUAGAGAGGAGAAUCACGGGUCGUUUCUCACGGCGAACAGGGGAACCCGGGUUGUGUAGCUGCCAUGGGUUGCUGUUACAGCAGCGAGAACGAAACCACAGAGGAGAGGAAUGAUGAUCGUAAGCCGCUGAUCCCCCACCCGAACCCUGUCAGCAAACCCCCAAACGGGACUGACUGGGCCAAUACUAGUGUCCCUUCAGCACGAACAGACGAACAGGCCCUUCUUACAUCCAUCCUCACUAAGACAGCACAAAACAUCAUUGAUGUUGCAGCAGCUGAGUCUGUCAUGAUGGAACAGCAUGAAUACAUGGACAAAGCACGGCAAUACAGUACAAAGCUGGCGGUAUUGAGCAACGGUUUGCCCCAGGGAGUGGCCAAGAUCGCAGCUUAUGCUUACAGUGCAAUCUCUCAAAUCAAAGUGGAUGCUAAAGAAGAACUGGUAGUCCAGUUUGCCAUUCCCUGA